GCUGUUGUUCCCUUGAAUGAAGAAUGUGGACUGUUAGAGUGGGUUCAAAAUACUUGUGGUCUUAGGAAUAUCUUAACGAAAAUGUACAAGUAAGCAAAGUACUAACUUGUAUUUUGAUAAUUUAUAAAAAUUCAGUUGGACCUCUAUGCUAUUUUUUACUUAUUCGUACAUUGAUAAAUUUUUUGUUAAUUUAUCAAAAGGGAGAAAGGAUUAUACGUGAGAUCUUCAGACAUUAAAAGACUUUAUGAGUCCAUGACGUCUGCUAGAAAGGAGUAAGUAAUAUUUUCUUGCUUUAAGGAAAAGUUCGUAUAUAAUGCUUUAAAUUAUUAAUAUUUGCUAUGUAUUAUCACAGAACAGAGACUAUAUGUAAAGAAUAACCAGUUAUGACUUGGCAUUUUUUUUCAGAGAAAGGCAUAAGAUAUUUCAGAUGCAAGUUUUAAAAAGGUAAUCACCAUUAUCAUCACCAUUGUCAUCGUAAUUAUCAUCACUACAUUCACCAUCAUCAUCACCAUUCUCAUCAUAAUUAUCACUACAUUCACCAUCAUUAUGAACAUUCGUUUCUGCAUUUUCUAGAUAUCCUCCAAUAUUUCACGAAUGGUUCCUCAAAACAUUUCCCACACCAACUUCAUGGUAAAAAGUUUUCAAAAGUAUUUAAGUAUAAGUAAUUGGGUUUGUAUUAUUGUGAUUUAAAAUUUCACCAUGUUUUAUUUUCCAUCACUCACAGGUAUAACAGUCGUCUCGGUUAUUGUCGUACAGCCGCCGUGAUGUCGAUGGUUGGAUAUAUCCUUGGUCUGGGUGAUAGACAUGGUGAAAAUAUCUUGUUUGAUUCAACCAAUGGAGAUUGUGUUCAUGUUGAUUUCAAUUGCUUGUUUAACAAGGUCGGUUUGUUCAUAUACAGUGGUAUAGUGUAGUGUAAGUUUUACACCUAAAUUUUACAACUACAUUUUACACCUAAAUUUUACAACUACAUUUUACAACUACAUUUUACACCUAAAUUUUACAACUAAAUUUUACACCUAAAUUUUACACCUACAUUUUACACCUACAUUUUACACCUAAGGAAAGUGUUAUGAGGAAUGAGUUUUGAAAUGAUUUAGGUAGGGAUCACACACUCAUAUUGUUGUGUUUGAUCUUCAUGUAUAUGUAUGUAUUCCUAGGGUGAGAGUUUUGAUUGUCCAGAGUGUGUACCUUUCCGUCUCACUCACAACAUGGUCCAAGCCAUGGUAAGAGGAUAAUUAUAACCAUGUCCACUACAAACCAUUUUCAAUUGUCUACCAUUUAAGAAUUGCUUUCUUUUUUGUCAGGGUCCGCUGGGUUAUGAAGGUAUUUUCCGCCGCUCAUGUGAAGUGACAUUAAAGCUAAUGCGAAACCAGCAUGACUCACUUCUGAGGUGAGUUAUGCAUCCAGCAGUAUUGAUUACGAAGACUAAAAUAGCAUUUACAGAGCAUUUUAUGUCUUGUAGUGUGUUAAAGACGUUUGUUUAUGACCCGUUGGUGGAGUGGAACGACAGACGACAUCGUGACACCGCAGCAACAGCCGCUGCAAAGGAAGAAGUAAGACCUACAGGAUCUACAGUUUUUUACAGAAUAAACUAAACUAACUUUAUUUGUACUGGAUAGAUCUAUCAGUUCGAAACUGUUUUACCUAGAGGUCCAGUAAGGAUCAUCUCUUAUUGAUCUAGUGUUACUAGACUUACUACAGAAAGAAACCUAAACUAAAACUAACUUUAUUUAUACUGGAUAGCUCUUUCAGUUCUAAACCCUUUUCCCUAGAUGUCCAGUAAGGAUCAUGUCUUAUUGAUUCAGUGUUACUACAGGAGGAAACCUAAACUAAACUAACUUUAUUUACACUGGAUAGCUCUUUCAGUUCUAAACAGUUUUCCCUAGAUGUCCAGUAGGGAUCAUCUCUUAUUGAUCCAGUAUUACUACAGGAGGGAACUUAAACUAUACUAACGCUAUUUAUACUGGAUAGCUCUUUCAGUUCUAAACAGUUUUCCGUAGAGGUACAGUAAGGGUCAUCUCUUAGUGAUCCAGUAUUGCUACAAGAGGAAACCUAAACUAAAUUAACUUUAUUUAAUCUUCAGGGACUGAAAAUUGUGAAACAGAUUGACCAAAGACUGCGUGGGUACAGCAAGAAAAACAAAAUACUUCUUCCCUUGUCCAUCGAGGGAGAAGUUCAUCAAUUGAUAACGGUAAAAUGCUUCGUAUUCGUUCAUUCAUUCAUAGUUCUUACAGCUUUGAAUAAAUCAAAUUUGUGUGCAUGAUGAAAAGUGUGAACAUUUUCAUUGUUUUUUUCACACCCCUUUGAUGAACAUUUUCAUGUCUGAAAAUACAUCCUCUCGUGAAGUGCAAUGCCUCGGGUUUUUUCAAAAAUGUUUUCUGUAUUUUCCAGGAAGCAACGGACGUUGAUAAUUUAUCUCGGAUGUACAUAGGUUGGGCAGCUCAUCUCUGAAUUAUUCAUUGCAAUAUUACGGUGAAAUAUGGAUGUUGACGUGUUUAUACUACGUGUUGAUAUUUAUUGUUAGUUUUUCUGUUCAUGCCACAUAGAUAUGCAGUGGACAGCUUGUAAUAUAGAAUUAU